GCACGGCCAGGCUUCGCUGAGCGGACCUGCGGCUAGGGAGGGCGGCGUGGCAGAGGACGCGGAGACGCAGGGGCGGCGACGCCAAGGUGACAAGCUGCGCACCUGGAAAGUUACCCGGCUGUCUGGUCCUUGAGCAAAAUGGGAAAUGGUUCAGUGAAACCCAAACAUUCCAAGCAUCCAGAUGGCCAUUCUGGGAACCUCACUAUCCAUGCCCUGCGGAGCAAGGUGACAGAGCUGGAGAGAGAGCUGAGGAGGAAGGAUGCUGAGAUCCAGGAGCGGGAGUACCAUUUGAAGGAGCUGCGAGAGCAGCUGUCCAAGCAGACGGUGGCCAUCGCUGAGCUCACGGAGGAGCUCCAGAACAAGUGCAUCCAGCUGAACAAACUUCAGGAUGUGGUGCACAUGCAGGGAGGAAGCCCGCUUCAGGCCUCCCCAGAUAAAGUGCCUCUUGAAGUCCACCGCAAGACCUCUGGCUUGGUCUCCCUCCACAGCAGGAGGGGUGCAAAGGCUGGGGUAUCUGCCGAGCCUACAACCCGAACCUAUGACCUCAACAAACCCCCUGAAUUUUCCUUUGAGAAAGCAAGAAUCAGAAAGGACUCCAGUGAGAAGAAGCUCAUUACAGAUGCCCUCAAUAAAAAUCAGUUUCUGAAGAGACUGGAUCCUCAGCAGAUCAAAGACAUGGUGGAAUGCAUGUAUGGGAGAAACUACCAGCAGGGGAGUUACAUCAUUAAGCAAGGAGAACCAGGAAACCAUAUCUUUGUGCUAGCAGAGGGCCGACUAGAGGUGUUCCAAGGGGAGAAACUGCUGUCAUCCAUCCCCAUGUGGACCACGUUUGGGGAACUAGCCAUUUUAUACAACUGUACAAGAACAGCCUCCGUGAAAGCUAUUACCAAUGUUAAAACUUGGGCACUAGAUCGAGAGGUAUUCCAGAAUAUAAUGAGAAGGACAGCUCAAGCUAGAGAUGAACAGUACAGAAACUUCCUCAGAAGUGUAUCCUUGCUGAAGAAUUUACCUGAAGAUAAAUUAACCAAGAUCAUUGACUGCUUGGAAGUGGAAUACUAUGACAAAGGAGAUUACAUUAUUAGAGAGGGAGAGGAAGGAAGUACCUUUUUCAUUUUAGCAAAAGGAAAGGUAAAAGUCACUCAGAGUACAGAGGGCCAUGAACAACCACAACUGAUAAAAACACUGCAGAAAGGAGAUUACUUUGGAGAAAAAGCUCUUAUCAGUGAAGAUGUUAGGUCGGCUAACAUUAUUGCUGAAGAAAAUGACGUCGCCUGCCUGGUUAUAGAUCGAGAAACAUUCAACCAAACGGUCGGGACUUUCGAAGAACUCCAAAAAUACCUGGAAGGGUAUGUGGCAAACCUGAACCGUGAUGAUGAAAAGAGACAUGCAAAGAGAUCCAUGUCUAACUGGAAGCUGUCCAAAGCACUCUCUCUGGAGAUGAUUCAGCUGAAGGAGAAGGUGGCCAGAUUUUCCUCAUCGUCCCCAUUCCAGAACCUUGAGAUUAUUGCAACACUGGGCGUUGGUGGGUUCGGAAGAGUUGAGCUUGUUAAAGUAAAAAAUGAGAAUGUGGCUUUUGCUAUGAAGUGUAUAAGGAAGAAGCACAUAGUUGACACCAAGCAGCAGGAGCAUGUCUACUCAGAAAAGAGGAUCCUGGAAGAGCUAUGUUCUCCCUUCAUCGUGAAAUUAUAUCGCACUUUCAAGGACAAUAAGUAUGUAUACAUGCUUCUGGAGGCCUGCUUAGGUGGAGAAUUAUGGAGUAUAUUAAGGGACAGAGGCAGCUUUGAUGAGUCUACCUCCAAGUUCUGCGUUGCUUGUGUGACUGAAGCAUUUGAUUACCUGCAUCGACUAGGUAUUAUCUACAGAGACCUGAAACCAGAAAACUUAAUUCUAGAUGCUGAGGGUUAUCUUAAACUGGUUGAUUUUGGAUUUGCUAAGAAAAUAGGAUCAGGACAGAAAACAUGGACAUUCUGUGGAACUCCAGAGUAUGUAGCUCCUGAAGUCAUUCUCAACAAAGGACAUGACUUCAGUGUGGAUUUUUGGUCCCUGGGAAUUCUAGUGUAUGAGCUUCUAACUGGCAACCCACCCUUUUCUGGGAUUGACCAAAUGAUGACCUACAAUUUGAUUCUCAAAGGAAUUGAAAAAAUGGAUUUUCCUAGAAAGAUAACAAGACGGCCUGAGGAUUUGAUUCGGAGGCUUUGCAGGCAAAAUCCAACAGAAAGACUGGGAAAUCUGAAGAAUGGAAUCAAUGACAUUAAGAAGCACAGGUGGUUGAAUGGUUUUAAUUGGGAGGGACUGAAAGCACGGAACCUUCCCUCACCUUUACAAAGAGAGCUCAGUGGACCCACAGAUCACAGCUACUUUGACAAGUACCCUCCUGAAAAGGGAGUGCCUCCAGAUGAACUGUCAGGCUGGGAUAAAGACUUCUGACAGAAGAAAAAUGAUUACUGCCUCUACAUACAGAAGAGAACUGUGAGGACCAAUAACCCAGCAGUGAUUAUUUCUUUCUUUGAAAUAUUGUAUCUUUUGGAAGACGAUUAGGGAAAAGAAAUUUCUGCCCAUGGGGCUGGGGUGGACAAUAGUGGGUAUGGAAGUGUCUGAAUUACAACAUUUCAUUUAGAUGCUGUGAAUUAUUCAUGUAUUCCAUUCUUUGCUUUUCUCAAAUGUUGAAGGCUAUCCUAUUCCCCUCUCCACAGUCUGAACCAUUUUUGUUGAAGGGGUAUCCAUUACUCUGCUAUCUGUUGCUCCAUCCCGAUCAUACUUGUCUCUUUUGAGUCUUAUUAAGGUUUAAAAAGUGUCUUUCCCUUAAGCAAAUAAGUCAUGCAAACAUGAAGGAAGAACAAGGGUGAUUUUCGGAAGAUUUUCCCUGCUCUAAACAAAUGCAUGUGCAUAACGGUAUCUUAAAGUCAUGAUUUGUGGAAAUCUUGGCAGUCAAUAGAAACUCUUGAUUUUCACCUGCAUUCAACCUAGAAAUAUAUUCAUAUGCUUCUGAUACUAGUCUGGGGAAAGGCAAGUUUCAGUAUUAGUCAGUGGCACCACUUCCUAACAUCAGUGACUUAAUUAAUCCAGCCCAAUAAUUUUAUUCUAAUGGAGAACCUGGAAAAAAACAUAGCAAAGAGUAUUUUUCAUUCUCCUGUGCCCAGCUGCGACACCUCAGAGAUUUUUCAAAAGCCUUGUUAAAGGUGGUUAUAUGUGUUGUUAAGCAAUGGGCCUUUGGUAAGCUUUUAUCUUAUAUACUAAAUAUUUCACAAUCAAAGUAGCAAAUAUGCAGGAAGAAAAUUGUGAAGGCUUUUCCUUUCCAUUAAAUAUGAAGGAGAAUACAUUCUAAUAGGUAAGGUUGCUGACUCCUUGAAAUUUUGAGCUAUGUUGGCCAAUUUUGUGGUAGUUUCUAUAAAUAAACCAAGAAUAUAGAAUAACUACAAUUAAUUUUUAAUGAAAAUCCUAUUGGCCAUUGUUGAUGUACUGUAAUCACUGCUGCAUUAAUAACUUUUUACAGAUAGUUGAGUCAUGGAUGUGUUUAUAGUUUUAGAUUGUUAAGGUAGGCAGGCUGCUGGAGAAGUAAUGGGGCUUGAGGAGUAAAAGGACACCCAGCAUCUGCCCUCGGUCUCCUCCUUGCAGUCUUCCAAAUAAUGAAUCGAUUAUCUUCAGUAGCAGUGGACACUAGUACCUAACAACUUCACUGGUGAAUGUUUUUAUGUAUCAACCAUGAUCCCACCAAAUGGAUGGGAAGCCAACUUUCUCUAUAUCUUUUUGAUCUGGCAGAGUAAAAAUAACAUCUAAGUUCCUGCAUUAUUCAAGCUUCUGGUUGUAUUUUCAUAUGCUAAGAUUCUAUGGGAAAAGUGACCUCUACUCACACUUGACCCACAUUUUCAAUAUUCAGAGAAAGUCAGCUAUAUGCUUGCUGAAAGGUUAAAUCAGAUAAGUGAGGUCCAACCCAAGUAACUACAUCUUUAACAAACUGCAUUUCCACAUUUAGAAUCCUUUUGCUGAACCAAAGACUUUUUGUUUCCUGGAGUAGUAUUUUUAAAGAUUAUGUAUUGUAUAUAGAAGAACCAUUUGUAAUAGGGUCAACAUAACCUGCUUAAUGAAUUUCUAAGAUUUUUAAAAGAUUUUUAUUUACAUUUAGUUUCUAAGCACUGUAUGUUUUUCCAUGUAUAUAUUUUUAAAUUACUCACCUAUAAAUGUAGGAAAUUUAUGCAUUGGGUGGAUAUUAGAACUGUACAGUUACAAAAGCAAUGAUAUUCUCAAAAGAGAUACAUAGUUGUAAUACAAAAAAGACAUACAUACAAAUAAAAACCAGCUUAGAGUACUACAGGUUUAUUUUGCCUGUGAUUGGCUAUAUCAGUAUUUUAUCUCCACAUGUGUUUUUGUUGUGUUUCCUUUAGAAUACUUUAUAAAGAUGAAGAAAUAAGAGAUUGAAUCAUCAUAUAAUCCCAAUUUCCUAGCUGGGUGGCCUUGGAAAAAUGACUUGACUUCUUUGAGUACUAGCUUAGCUUUCUCACCUGCAGAGAAAUGUACAGUAAAGUAAUACCUUCUUUAGAGGUCUGUUUCAGGGAUUAAUAAGAUAUCUAGAACGUUUUUUUGCUGAUAUCUGUGAAAUAACCAGUGCUGUAUAGAUGGAAACUAUUGUUACUAUCUCUUUUAGAAUUAAAGGGGCCUUAAUAACUAUUUAGUCCUGAACCUUAUGUAUCAUUGAUAUCUGUAUGUGCAAUUGUACCACGUAAAUCCAGUAAUAUUUUUUUCUUUUAAAUCAUGAACUAAAGAUUGCUGAUCAAACUUUAGUGCAUAGGGUAAAGUGUUAACCCACACCAAAAUGAAGUGCUGUAUUAAGAGCUCACCUAAAUUUCUAAAUUUCAAUUUUUUUAUGAAUUAAGGAUAUACACACACACAUAUAUAUAUAUAUAUUCUUAGAAAUAGAAAAUCAUGAGACUCAAUACAAACCUACCAUAUUCCUAAACAUCAAAUCAUUCAUAUUCUCUUUUCUCAGUGCAAAAUUAAUUUUUCAUUCUUGAGUCCUUUCUGUAUGGGGCCAGACUUUCAUAACUGUAGCUUCUUAAUCUUUUCUCUAAAUAUUAAAAUAUCUGGAGGGUGGAGAAUGUAAUGGUGAAAAGUAAGAUAUUUAGAGAUGAAAAGAUCUGGAUUUGAAUUCCAGUUUUGCCCAGAUUUGUGUGACCUUCCACAAUAAACCACAUCUUUAUUCAUCUAUAA